AUGCGAAGUAAAACAUCUUCCUUGUAUGUCUUAUUUAUAUGUUAUAUACUAUCAAUGAUCACUUCUGUUAGAGCUUCAUGUCCUUCUAAUUUGGUACAACAGUCUUUUAUUCAAUCCAAAAAUUGCACUUUAAAUGAAACAUUGACAAUAACAGGUUCUAUACAAGCACCUACAAUAUACAUGUUAAAUAAUGUUUCAACACUAAACAUAACAGGAAUGCUGUUUUGUCAAAAUGCUUCAAUUGUAAAUGUCACACAAAGAUCAACACUUUAUACAACAAAGAUUACUUUGAAAGAUCAAUCACAUUUCAAUUUAUAUGAUAAUUCGAUUUUAGACACACAAAUUAUUAACCUAUUUAAUGAAUCACAAUUUACCAUUUCAGACAUAUCUGUCAUUAAAUCAAUUUAUAGAAUUAAUUUAUACAACAAAUCAAUAUUCAUUUUUAAAACUCUUGGAUUUACAAAGGCUUAUUUUACUAUAUCUAUUGGUGACAACGCAAUUUUUAAAAUGGAACAUGGUUUCAAAAAAAAGAGUUUAGGAAAUGUAAUAUCGAGAGGAAACGGGAUUGUUUUUCUUGACUCCAUAAUACGUGCCCUAUUUUUUACUUUUUAUGAAAAUUCUACACUCCAUUUAAACUCAAAUGCUACAAUUGAAAGUUUGGAUCUUUUUGAUUUUAAAGAAAACACGACUUUUGAAAUGGACAAUUAUUCAAGUUUAAAACUUGCCAAUUCUUUUCAUUUCAAUGGGAAUUCAACUAUGUUGUUACAUGAGCAUUCUUUUGUCAAUUCAAUUCAAGACAUAAGUUUUGGUGGAAAUAGCACUUUCAUGAUGUUUUCAAAAUCGAGUAUCAAUUCAACAUUGGAUAUCAAUAUUAAUGGUAAUUCAACUUUCACAAUGAAUUCUAGUGAAAUCACUUCAGUAACAAACUGUUUUUAUUUAAGUAACAAUGCUACUUUUUUAAUGUACAACGAUGCUGUCAUCAAAAACGUUACACAAAUUGAAAUCAACAAUGGAAAGCACACAUUUAAAAUGAACAACAAUUCUUUUGUGAAUGCCUCUAAUUUCAAAAUCACAAAUGGCACUUUUGUGUUAAAUGGAAAUGAUGAUAGAAAUAGUGUUAACAGUACAAACUUAUCUUGUAUCAACAAUGGCACGAUAGUUGUGACAAAUACUUCACAUUUUAACAUUUUGAAUUCUACAAUAUUCAAUUUUUGUAACAUAAACGUAAUUAAAAGGACAAUCAGGGAUUUGCCAAUCUUUUUUAUUUAUCAAAUAAAUACAACCAUUUUUACUUUUCAAAGUUCAUAUGAAGUGGAUUUGGUUUAUUCUAUAAUGCCAAUUCGAACAACGCUUCCACGAGGAACUAAACUUCUUAUAGAUGGUCGCUUAUUAAGACUGGGUUCUUCAAACAAGGUGUUUUGCCAUUUGAUGAAUGAAAAUGGGUUUUAUAAUGAGCCAUACUGUCCUUGUAGUUCUGUCAAUUGUUAUAUCACUCCACUCAAAAACAUUGCUCUUUUCAAUUUAUAUAUUGAUACACCACCAAUAAACUCACAUCAAAAAACCAAUGAACUUGAGGAAGUACUUGACAUUGAAAGUGUUUCAAUCGAAAACAAAAAAGUUUCAUUUUAUAAAACAGACAACUUUGUUUUAUGUGUAAAUUCACAACCAUUAAAAAUAAUUACAAAUAUUUCGUCUUUAACAAAAACUGUUCUUCUUGUUUCAACUCAAUAUUUUGUAUUUAAAAAGGUAGUUUCACAGGCAAUAUACACAACAAACAAUCAUACCAAAUAUUUAAUAAAUCCAGAAUGUGAGGAUGGAUUGCAUUUUAACACUGUAACACAAGAAUGUGAAGAAUGUACAGAUUUAAAUUGUCUUGGUUGUUCUUACAACACAAAUGAAUGUUUAAGAUGCCAACAACAUUAUGAUAUUGAUAUAAAUGGAAGAUGUGCAAUAAUACAAAAUUGUUUGUUAAAACUAUCAAAUCGAUGUUUGAAAUGUUCUAAAGGGUAUUCAUUAGUUGCAGGUAGCUGUCAAAAGUCUACAAACUGUUUGAUUCAAACUUUUGAUGAAAAAUGCCAAAUUUGUGAUUUAAACACUUUUAACAUUAACAAUACACAAUGUUUUUAUGCAGAUAAUAAUACAAAAUACACAAAUCAAAAUAAUAUAAUAACUUGUGAAAGUGGUUAUGUUACGAAUUCCACAAAUUGUCAAAAAUGCUCAGAAAUGUACAAAUCAAGUCUUCUUUGUGAAAAUGGUCAUCCCACAAAAUGUGAAAUAACAACUGAAAUGAAUUCAAAUAAAAGGUGUGAAAAUAAAAAUUGUUCAAUACCAAACGAUCAAAACGGAAGGUGUUCGUCCCCAAUUGCCAAUUGCAUUUUUAUUACAAAUUCAAAAUGUUUGGAAUGUGAUAAUAAUUUGAUUUCAAACAAAAUGGAAUGUCACACAAACAACGAUUUGUUAUGCACAAACCAGAGUUCGGUUUCGUGUUUGAGAUGUGAAGACUUUUAUUUUUACAGUUCAUCAACAAACAAAUGUGAAAAAUGUGAUCUAAAUUGUAUGACUUGUGUCAUUGAUUCGACUCGUUGUAUUACAUGUCCAUUGGGAUAUUAUCUCUCAAAUAACACAUGCAAUACAAAUGCCAAAUUGGUUGGAAUUUGCACACAACUAUUAUCAUCUGGUGGAUGUGUUAAAUGCAUUGAAGGGUAUUACAGAAAUGGGUUGGAUUGUAAUAAAUGUGAUAUUUCAUGUGCAUCAUGUAACACAAAUUUAAGGUGCUUGACUUGUAAUAUAACGAAUUACAAAACAUCGAGCGGAGAUUGUAAAUCACAAAGUAGUUUAAUAGGAUGCGAUGUGAAUGUUACACAAUAUGGAUGCACGCGAUGUAAAGAUGGGUAUUUCCAAGUCAACACAAAUGAAUGUGAUAAAUGUGACAUGACGUGUUUAACGUGUUCUUCAUAUGGAAUUUGUGAAUCGUGCAUAUCAUCGGAAGUUUUGCUUUCAAACGGAAAAUGUGUUAAUCUUUCUCAAAUAUUAGAAUGCAAUGAAAUAUCAAACUCAAAAUGUAUUAAAUGUUCAUUCUGGAAUGCACCAAGUUUGGAUGGGACUUAUUGUGAAAAACAUACUGUGUGGUGGGUCAUACUUGUUAUCGUUCUGUUUAUUAUUAUUGUACUAACAUUAUUUAUAAUAAUAUUAGUUUUUACAGUAAAGCACAUUUUGAAAAAAAUUCACACAAAAGAGUUGGAAAAAACAACAACAAUAUUUAAAAUGGAAAAAUCAAAUAUUAAUUUUGUACCACUUGCAAACCACAUUUGUGUCUCCUCAAAAACACUCAAUUUCAAUUCAGAAAUCGAUGAGAUCCCGGUUGAAAGUGAGACAAAGAUGGUGUUUUGCGUUGGAAACGCAUCCAGAAACGUCUUAAAAAUCCAAUUUACCAUGACAACACAAAUUGACAAAUUUACAAUAAGGGUAUCACCAGAAGUCGUCAUGUUAAAAAAGAAGUUUGCGUGCGAAUUUUCAAUAUAUUUGACACCAAAGUGCACAUGCCAAAUAAAUAACAAAAUUUGCAUUGUCUCAAAAAAUCUCAAAACUAACGUCGAAAAUACGAAUGAAAUUCUAAUGAUUGGAGUAACAAGUCAAUCAACUCGCAUUGACUUCGACGAGUUGAACGAAGAAUACAAAUUGGGAGAAGGGUCUUUUGGUGUCGUUUACAAAGGAAAAUACAGAGGAAACGAUGUGGCUAUAAAGAAGAUGAAACAAAGUGGAGAAAACAACACUUUAAAUAACGAUAAAAAUGAUGAAGAAUUUGAAAAGGAAGUUGCGAUGUUAGACAAAUUUAGGUGUGAGUAUAUAGUCCACUUUUAUGGCGCAGUGUUAAUACCAAGUAAAAUGUGUUUGGUCACCGAAUUUGCGCAACAUGGGAGUUUGAGUGAUGUUAUGAAAAAGUUUAAAAAGUGUGAUAUACAACAAAAAAUGAAAAUUAAAAUGAUGAUUGACAUCACGUAUGGGAUAUCAUAUUUACAUACCAAUGGAAUUUUGCACAGAGACAUCAAGCCUGAGAAUGUCUUAGUAUUUUCAUUUGAUCACAACAACAAAGUGAACGCCAAAUUGACUGAUUUUGGAUCAAGUCGAAACAUUAAUAUGUUAAUGACCAAUAUGACAUUCACAAAGGGUGUUGGGUCUCCAAUAUACAUGGCACCUGAAAUAUUGAAAAGAGAAAAAUACAAAAAGAGUGCUGAUGUAUUUUCAUUAGCAAUAACAAUGUAUGAAUGUUUCACAUGGACAAAUGCAUACCCCAAAGAACAAUUCAAGUUUCCAUGGACAAUUGCAGAGUUUGUGAUUAAGGGGUUGCGAUUGCCAAAGCCAGAUGAAAUGAGUCAAAAUGUAUACAAUAUCAUUGUCGGGU